AUGAAUAUGUUGGAUGAUGAAGAUGACCAAAGCUUUCACGCUACGCGUGACGGCUACUCCCAUUUGAGCGAUGUCGAAUGGGAUGCGGUUGAACGAAUGGGUUCGACCAUGGGCAUCCAUGCUGUUAGCGUCAUGCUAGAGGCUCUCAAUAGAGAUGCCCAACAUGCUACUAUCGCCAAGUUCAUUCAAAAUGAACUUGACGCUGAACGCGAGAAAGUAGCCUUGCUUCACCAACAAGGUUCUCAACAAGCAGAGUUGUUGAGAGAACAGGGUGCUCAACAGUUUGAACUGUCGAGACAGCAGCAGGCUGCUGUUGGCGGGUCGAUGCACUCGCGUCGACCCGAAAUCCUGAAGAUUGACAUCUCCAAUUAUAGGGGGGUCGAAGAGGACUCCCUCUUGAGAUGGUUCGUCGAAUUGGAUGACGCCUUAAGGACGCGCCGCAUCGACGACGGGGAUAUGCAAGUUGCAUUUGCCCAGUCAAAUCUGGCAGGACGUGCCAAGACUUGGGUACUGGGGCUCAAGUUGCACGACCCAUUUGCGUUUGGGUCGUUGGAAGUCAUCAAGUCGCGGCUCAGACAAACGUUUGAACCGCCUGGAGCUGAGUUCAUAGCUCGAACCGAACUCUUGAAGCUCAAACAGGGUAAGCGUGAUGUGCACGCUUACUCUCAACAUAUACGACAUCUCACGAGCUGUAUAAGUUCCAAUCCGGUGGAUGAACACACGUUGGUUUCGGUGUUCAUGCAGGGUCUUGCGGAUGGUCCCGUCAAGACUCACCUGUUCCGGCUUGAACUAGAUUCACUAGAACAAGCCAUUUCCAUUGCGGAGCAGGAAGACUUCAGUCUGAGACAGGCUCGCGCCAGCUCGACAUCACAUCGUCAACCGAGACGAUAUGACAACGGAGGUCUAGAGCAGAUGGAACUCUGUUAUGUAGAGAGCGAGAAGGCUCGCUCUACAGACUACAAGAAGUUGCAGAGAUGCAACAGAUGUCAAAAGACAGGACACUACGCUUACGAGUGUAGUGCCCCUCGUCCAGCGUCUCGCGACACUGGGCGUAGUGACCGUCCACCAAUGAGAAAGGGGCAGGGACGAGGGUCCGCAGUUGGUGCAAAGACGCAACAACGGGAUGGGCCGUCAAAAACGGACAGGAUCAGUAGGUGCGGAGCACCCUACUGA